AUGGCCGAAGGCACCCAGGGCCAUACUUCCUUCAGCCACUUUGGUGAUGCCUCGGCUGGUGCCGCUGCCGCAGCCGCUGCCCAUGCGACCCAUGCGACCACUGCAGGUGAUACAGCAGGUUCCCGCAGCUACAGCUCCCAUAGCUGUGACAAUGGCUGCACCAGCGCCGCAGACGCAGACUCCGCAGCCGGAGUCCCAACAAAGCUCCAACCGCAGCACCCCACUGUGUGGAGACCCAUGGGAACCUGUGGAGAUCGCCUCAAUAAGGAGCUACACUUCGUUUGGACUGAAUCGGAGGAACUCAUGUUGGAAUUCGCGGAAAUUGUGCCCUUCUAUGGCAAUAUGGGACGUCCGCAGGUCACACGACAUUGGUCCUUACGAUGGAACCCACUGUGGUGGCUCAGCAUCCUGGGCUGCGCCGUCUGCAUUCUGCUCGGCCAUGGAUUUCACGCGGCUGUUUGCCAGAGCGGUCCGGUGCGGAGUGACGAGUUGGAUGUGGAGCGACGCGCGAGAAUUUGGUGGGUCUACUGCUACUCCGGUGGCUUCGUCGGGACCGUGCUGACGGAUCUCUUCUCCCUUUGCUCCGCACUCCUUUCGGACGGCGACGCGGAGGAGAGGAACAGAACGGUGAGGUCUUGCGAGGUUGCGAUCUUGAUCCAGAUUUGGUACAUGGUGGGCGACUGGAAUCUCUUGUUCCGAAUGAGCCGCAAAGACACAGAGUUGAUGCAUGCAGCUGCCAUCAGUCGUGUGACCUUCGGAGCUGCCUUUCUGGUGGUGUUCGUCAUCGGUUUGCUAACUCCUGCGGGUCAGGCUGCCUUGGAGCACUGGGCCAAUGGUCGAGCUCCUCCUCCCCCACCGCACGGGAAACCGCCACCUCCACCGCCCAAAGAAACUGCCAUCACUUGGAUCAUCCGCUUGGUCUUUUGUGCCUUCAUGGUGGUGGCAUAUCUGGGGUACACACCACUGCUAUGCCUGGACUACCAUGCAGAGGAGGUUCGAGAGGCUCAACGCAGAGGAAUCUGGAAAUUGAAGGUGGCAUUGGUGGCCGGAGUGGUUGUCCUGGCAGCUGAGGGGUUUAUGUUUUCCAGGGGCCCUGGCCUAUGGAUGUUGGCAGCGCAGCCUUUCUUCGUAUUGGGUACGGCAUAUCUUAUGGAGGGGAGCCAACUGAGUUGGCGACGCUCUCUUGCAGCACUAGGCGCCUUGUUUCCCUUUGUUGUGGUGGGCAGCGGUUUUGCUGCCUGCGGCCCAGCUUUAUGGGAAAUCCUGGAUGCGUGGGCGAGUUUCGAUGCGUGGGAAGCACUGCAAUCUUGGUGGCCCAGCGAUGUUGCCAUCGCCGAAGCCGCAGCGUUUUCGCGGCGCGAAGGCUUCAAUCUCACAGCAAGGAAUGUGGCACUGUGGAAGCAUGGCAAUGGUGGGGGGCAAAGAACCCUGAGGAUGCAACAUCUCAAAUGUGCGAACAUGCUUGUGCUUGCGUCAGAUCAAGAUCAUGUCAUGAUACGCCAUGUUUAUUGGUUUCAUUGA